AUGCCUCCCAAGUCCGGCAAGAAGGUGGCUGCUGCCCCUUUCCCUCAGGGAAAGGCUGGCAAGAAGGGCCCUAAGAACCCUCUCCUCGAGCGCAAGGCCCGCAACUUCGGCAUUGGUCAGGAUAUCCAGCCCCGCCGCAACCUGUCGCGCAUGGUGAAGUGGCCCGAGUAUGUCCGUCUUCAGCGCCAGAAGAAGAUCCUCAGCAUGCGCCUGAAGGUCCCUCCUGCGAUUGCUCAGUUCCAGCACGUCCUUGACCGCAACACCGCCGCCCAGGCUUUCAAGCUGCUCAACAAGUACCGCCCUGAGACCAAGGCCGAGAAGAAGGAGCGCCUCGUCAAGGAGGCCACUGCCGUCAAGGACGGCAAGAAGAAGGAGGACGUCAGCAAGAAGCCUUACACGGUCAAGUACGGCCUGAACCACGUCGUCGGUCUGAUCGAGAACAAGAAGGCGUCGCUGGUCCUCAUCCCCAACGAUGUUGACCCCAUUGAGCUCGUGAUCUUCCUGCCGGCUCUCUGCCGCAAGAUGGGCGUUCCCUACGCUAUCAUCAAGGGCAAGGCUCGUCUCGGAACCGUUGUCCACAAGAAGACUGCCGCCGUUCUGGCCGUUACUGAGGUCCGUUCCGAGGACAAGAGCGAACUCUCGAAGCUCAUUUCCGCCGUCAAGGAUGGCUACCUGGAGAAGACCGAGCAGUCGAGGAAGCAGUGGGGUGGUGGUAUCAUGGGCCAGAAGGCUCAGAACGCCAUGGCCAAGAAGAAGAAGGCUCUCGAGUCGGCCAUCAAGGUCUAA